UUGUCUGGUUUUGUGCACUCUUCAAAACCAGCCAAUGGAGUGAAAUGCGCACUAACCCCUACUUCCGCGGCAUGGAGUUGUCAAAUUGCCUACACACACACACACACACAUGCGCCCGUCAUUAGUGCUCCACUCCGCCGCCAUCGCCAUGAUUUCGUCAACAGUUUCACUUCUAUUUUUCGCCCUCCAGGUGCGCUUUCACUAUCAGUCCGUGAUUACGAGCAGGCCCGUGGCGACAUCGUGAAGCACUACAAGAUCAAGUAUCAUCCCGAGAACGGUUCCGUGUGCAUCACCACCAAGAAGGUCUUCCCCAACCUCGUCGACUUAAUCAAUCACUACUCUUCCCAUGCCGAUGGCUUGUGUUGUCGGCUCACCAAACCCUGUCCCCGUCCCCCUCCUGACGACUGGGAGAUCUCAAGGUCAUCGCUUGUCCUCCAGGAACGCCUUGGUGCCGGACAAUUCGGCGAAGUGUGGCGUGGUCAGUUGUUGCUUCUCCUCAAACGCGAGUGGAACGGCACAACUCCCGUGGCCAUUAAAACGCUGAAGCAGGGGACCAUGACCAAGGAGGAGUUCCUGAAGGAGGCUCGAAUCAUGAAGACCCUGAGCCACGCUCACUUGGUGCGUCUGUUUGCCGUGGUAACCACGGAGCCGAUCUACAUCGUCACGGAGUUGAUGUCUAACGGCAGUCUGCUGCACUACCUGCGCUCGGAGAAGGGCAAGGCCUUGGUUGAUGACAAAUACUGCAGCAUUCGUCGUAGGUGUUUCGGCAUGGCGUACUUGGAGGACAAGGGUCUCGUUCACCGGGACCUCGCUGCACGGAACAUCCUUGUGGGCGACAACAACAUCGUGAAGGUGGCCGACUUCGGUCUGACUCGCGCAAUCGACAUCACCACAGAAUUUCCAAUCAAGUGGACCGCCCCAGAGGCUGCAUGCCGGGGUCAAUUUACAAUCAAAUCGGAUGUCUGGUCAUUUGGCGUGGUGAUCUAUGAGAUCGUAACCUAUGGCCAACAGCCCUUCCCGUCGAUGAACAACACGGAGACCCUGGACCAGGUGAACAACGGCUACCGGAUGCCCUGUCCCCAGGGCUGCCCGUCCUCGAUCUACGAGGUGAUGCUGCAGACGUGGGAUGUCACGCCUGAGCUGCGUCCCACCUUCACCUACCUGUGCGAAUUCUUCGAGGACUACGUGGCAGACGCCCAGGUGGCCGAGGACGGUGUCCUGGGUGGUAACCCCAACCCUCAAUACGACCCCGGACUAAUGAAGCGUCGCCCCGGCUACCCCUACAUGGACUCGCCAGCUCGGUUCUCUCCUAUUUAA